AUGGCUGCCAACCAGGCUGCCCCGACUACCAUGGUCACCCAGAUCCAUCUACUCCAAGUCGGACACAUCAUCAAGUCCAACAUCGUCAUCGACGCCCAGGACAAUGCCACGCAGAACCAGUUCUCGUAUGUGUCCCAAGCCAUUGAUGCAGGGAACCCUCUCUUCCGUCGCUGCAUCGUUGUCGAUAUCGAUGCCACUGGCCCCAUAUUGUUCUAUUGCACCACCUUCCAGCAGGUGGAACAGCUGCCGAACGUGAUCGACCCGCGCUACUUCUACCCCGUUGCUCCGGCGCCGCACCCGUUCUACAACCCAGCCCUCCAGCCCAUCAACACUCGCCGACAGUGGGUUUCCAUUCGUGCGAGGCACCGCGUGUCCUCCACAAUCACGACGCCAAAUGCGGUGCGUCUCUAUACCAAUGCGUUCGUGCCCCAAGCCGACAUCGACAGGCUCAGAGCCGCAUACAACGCGACGCAUCCCUGA